AUGUCACCUUCGGCAGACGUCGCAGCACCGCCACCAGGUAGCUCGUCCAGCAAGCUCGACCUGCUCACAUCGAAAUUGCGAGCCAAGCGCUCCGACAAUGAUGGCGCAGCUGCUGCUUCCAGAACAAACAACCUGCAAGGCACAUCCGUUCGUAUGCCAUCUGCGGUCCAGCCGUCUGCCGACGAGGAAGGAUCUGCACCAAGCUCUCACAUCACCGCUACAAAGUCUGCUGCCUCCUCGCUACCAGUCACGGAGGUGAACAGCGAGUCGUCCGAGUUCAGUCCAUUCGAUCCAAAGAUAUUGAGGUUGGAUCAAGCUGAAGCGCAGCAGGCGCCCAUCGCCGUUCCCAAAAAGCGUAUAAUCAAUCCAAGGCAGCUCGAUCGCUGGCGAGAAUCUGGCAGUAUCAAGCAGCUCGGGGCUUGGAUCGCUGUAUGCAACGAGGCUGUGGUGGGCAGGAAGCUGGGGCAAGAGGUACACCUCAGUCCAGUGAGUGCUUCACUCGCACAAUGGUGCGCAUUCAGCUCAUUCACUUGGAGUGUCUCUCUCGCCAGGCCACGCAAGCCAUCCUCGGCAUCCUUGACAGCAUCCAAGCGCUGGUCGUCGAGACACCAGCGGACAAAUCAUCCUCGAGCAGGUUUGGCAAUGCAGCGUUCAGAGACUUGUACGCCAAAAUCACGGACAGCAGCGCAUCCUUGCACGAGAGUAUCCCUGGCUUGAAGCAGGAAGCUAUCAAGGAGAUCAAGGUGUACUUCGACGAGUCUUGGGGAAAUGCUAGAAGAAUAGACUACGGCUCCGGAAUGGAGCUCAACUUUGCGUGUUGGCUGUGAGUGCGGGGGCUGCAAAGGCAUUGGUGUCGCCCGUUGCUGAUGCAUGGCACCUCGACGACCUCGUCAGGUACUGCUUGACCAAGCUCAGCGUGUUUGAUCUCGAGAAGGACGCGCCAGCUAUCGUGCUCAAAGUCUUUUGGAGAUACAUUGGCGUGAUGCGAUUUAUCCAGAGCACGUAUUGGCUGGAGCCUGCCGGCAGUCACGGGGUUUGGGGCCUGGAUGACUACCACUUUUUGCCCUUCUUGUGGGGAAGUGCUCAAUUGAGAGGUGUGUGUGCAGCGCCGAUUCGUCUGAAUUGAUCAGUGUCAAAUGCUGACAGCCCUGAACUCUCUGCAGAUCACAAGCACUUGCGACCAAAAGCUAUACAUGAUGCCGAAAUCGUCGAAGAAUUUUCGGCGCAUUACAUGUACCUUGCUUGCAUUCGCUUCAUCAACAGCGUACGUGUCGAGGCGCGCUCGUCAAACUGAGCCAUCCGCAUCACUAUGCUGAACCCAACUUCAACACCGUUCACAGAUCAAGACUGCAUCGCUCAGGUGGCAUUCGCCAAUGCUUGAUGACAUCUCGGGUGUCAGGACGUGGUACAAAGUCAACAGCGGGAUGCAAAAGAUGUACCUGGCCGAAGUACUGCUCAAGCUUCCCAUCGCGCAGCACAUCUUCUUUGGCUCUCUAUUACCAUUUCCUGCUCCUCGAACAGCGGAAGAUGAAGCCGACGACGAGGCAGCGUUGAAAAGUGCUGAGGGAGGAGGAGGAGCGGCGGAGGAAGAUGAGCACGGGCACAUUCAUGGAGCUGCACCUCAUGGACAUGCAGCCAUGGGCAAGGGAGAAGGACAAGCUGCGGGCUGGGGAGAUUGCUGCGGGAUCCCUAUUCCCAGCGCUUUUGCAGCUGCUGAGCAGGAGAAGAUCAGAUCGGCUGGCAACCGCGAGAUUGGAGUCAGUCCUACUAGCAACACGGGAUUUGCCAGCAACGUUCGUCGGGUUCCCUUCGAUUAG